AUGGCCGAUCCCGUCCAGGCUUUUCGCCAUCAAUGGGACAGGCACCCCACUCGGUCUGUCACCAUUCUCCUGUCUUUAGCCUUCCUACUAUAUCGGUUAUUGGUAACUGUGAGGCAAUAUAGAAGACUUCGGCACUUCAAGGUUUCACCGUUGGCCGCCGUAUCAAGACUAUGGUUUCCCCAGGUCGUGACUGGGCAACAUGGAGACCUCGACUUGUAUCCUGUCAGUCAAAAAUAUGGAUCACUCGCGCGCGUCGGCCCCAACGGCCUCCUCAACGACGAUCCAGAGCUCUUGAAGCGUAUGCUUGCCGUGCGUAGCGAAUAUCGCCGUUCGGACUGGUACGACGGCAUGCGCUUCAACCCGGCCAGGAACAACGUCUUGUCGUCGAGGAACGAGGAUGAGCACUCCAAGCUGCGGUCCAAAAUGGCGGCUGGUUACUCUGGCCGUGAGGUGGAAAACCUUGAAACCAAAUUCGACGAAAACCUAUCGCGGCUUUUUACGCUAAUCGAAAGGUACAUCGAUGCGGACAAACCGUUCGACUUUGGCCGCAAGGCGCAGUUCUUCACCCUGGACGUCGUCUCGGAUCUCGCUUUUGGAAAGCCGUUAGGCUCGGAUGUGUACGAGUACAUCAAGACGACGGAAAAGAGUCUUCCGACGUUCGUGGCGUCAACUGUGUACCCUUGGAUUAUCCGCCUGUCCGCCUCGCCCCUGUUCCGGGCACUGCUGCCGUCGGAGAAGGACCCGCUAGGACUCGGAAAGGUGAUGGGAAUUGCCAAGAAGCAGGCCGCUGAGCGCUUCGGGCCCGAAAGAAAGGUUCGGAAGGAUAUGUUGGGCUCCGUCGUCGCGCAUGGCUUGACACAGGGCGAAGCCGAAUUCGAGAUCAUCCUCCAAAUCAUUGCUGGCUCCGACACAGUGGCAAUCACAAUCCGUGCCACUGUCCUAUUUGUAACCACCAACCCGCGCGUUCACGCUAGGCUCAUCGCAGAACCGUUAUCAAAGAGGGGCUCCGCAUAUUCCCGCCCGUGGCGGGGAUCACGGCGAAGGAGGUCCCCGGCGGCCGGGAACACGUGGAAGGGGCAGUUCAUUCCCGGCGGCACACGUAUUGGGCGGUCCGCGAGGUCUGUGUUCCACCGGGAGGACAUCUGGGGCGCGGACGCACGUGAGUUCCGCCCGGAGCGCUGGCUAGCUAAGGAUCAGGGCGGGUUGACGCCGGAGCAGAAGCUGCGCGCGAUGGAGUCGACGAUUGAAUCGGUGUUCAGCUAUGGAAAGUACCAGUGUCUCGGGCGGCUCUUGGCGCUGAUAGGGUUGAACAAAACUUUCUUGGAACUGCCUCGACGAUAUGAGCUAAUCGUAUGCGAUUCCUUGAACCCCUGGGAAUCUUUCAACUUCGGUACCCACGCUCAAUCAAAUUACUGGAUCAGGGCCCACCGACGAGAGUAGCAUUGGACGCCACGGUGUUUUGGUAUGGCUUAGUUAGGUGGCGCGCCUACUUGCUUUCCAUCCCUCAUGGAACAGGACAAGCGUGUAUAAAUGGUAUAUGGACGGCUAAAAAAAAGACCAAAUCUGAGCCGUGGCUAGAACAGGUAAAUACAG